AUGCCUCUAGGCAUCCUUCCAGACACCAAGCUCGAGCAUGUCCCCGGCACCGCACCCCUGAGCGAGCUGGGGCGCACGGAUUUGGAAAUCGCAGGCAGUGGGAUUGAUAGGGGCUUAUUGAAGCAUGAUGCCAGUGGGACGAUUGUGUUGGUGCCGCAGCCGAGUGACAGUGUGGAUGAUCCGUAUAAUUGGUCGCGGUGGAAGAAGGAGAUGUUCACCUUGGUCAUUGCGUAUGGGUGUGGUUGUGUCGGUGCUGUAGGACCACUGCUGACACCAGCUUUCGUCCCUUUGGCAACUGAAUUCGGCGUUCCACUACAACGCUUCACACUAGGCUGCAACGGGUCUCUCAUCAUCGCCAUAGCUGUCGGAUCCCUCCUCGGCAAUACUCUCGCCGUCAAAAUUGGCAAACGCCCCGUCUACCUAGUCACCACCGUCGGCCUUGCAGUGACAUGUUUCUGGGCCGCAGAGUCAACAUCCUUUGGCUCCCUGACCGCAGCCCGCACCAUCCAAGGCUUCUGCAUGGCACCCUUCGAGGCCCUCAUCCCUGCCUCCGUAGGCGACAUCUGGCACGUCCAUGAACGCGGGUUCCGCAUGGCGAUUUUCAACCUCGGAGUGCUGGGCGGGAUUAACCUCGCGGGCCCGAUUGCAGGCAGCGUGAUUCAGUAUGGCAGUUAUAGGAUUGCCAUGCAUGCCAUGGGUGGCGCGUUUGUGGUCAUGUUGAUCAUGGUGGUGUUGUGGAUGCCUGAGAGCGCCUUCAAGAGGAGGGAUGCGCUGAACAUCGAUACUAGCUCGCAUAUGGUUGACGCUGGGCAGCAAGAAAAGGAAAAGACCAUUGAGCACGUUGAGCAUGAUGGGACGGCUGCGACGGAUGGCAUGAGUUCAGAUGUGCCCAUGUCGUACAGCAAGAGCCUUAUGCCAUGGUCCGGUUAUUGGGACCAUGUCUCCUUCUGGCGAACCUUGUUACGACCGUUUGUCGUGUUCGCGAGUCCAAUUGUCAUGUGGGCGACACUGUUGUUCACAGUCUGCAUUUCCUGGCUCGUCUUGAUCUCAAUCACGUUGUCUCAGAUCUUCUCAGCGCCACCGUACAACUUCUCGGUCAGCGCAGUCGGCGCAACAAAUGUCUCUUCUUUCGUAGCAUCAGUAUUUGCUACAGUUGUAGCAGGUCCAAUCAUCGAUGGCGUAGCCAAGUGGAUGUCAACUCGGAAUGGUGGAACCUUUGAACCCGAAUUCCGCCUUCCAGUAAUGAUAAGCUACCUGGUCUUGACGGCAACUGGCUUCUUUGCCUGGGGCCACUCGCUUUCGGUUCAAGAUCCCUGGGCUGUCCCAGUGAUCGUCUGCCUGGGUUUGAUCAACCUCGGCGUGCAACUGGGUACCACUUCAGUCGUCACCUACGUCUCAGACUCCCACCGCGAGCAAGCCGCCGAAGCCUUCGCCAUUAUGAACUUCAUCAAGAACAUAUUCGCGUUUGGACUGACUCUAUAUGUGAACGAUUGGAUUGCCGUACAAGGCGUACGCAAUUCUUUCUAUGUAAUCGGAGGAACAACAAUAGCUGUGACUUUGACGACGAUACCAAUGUAUAUCUGGGGAAAGAGAGCGAGGAGUUGGGUGAAGAGGACAGGGGUAUUGGACAGUGUUUUGAAAGCCGAGUAG